AUGAGUCCUGGUGGUGUCAUGGUUGCUGAAUGGCCACCAGCGGAAGGAAAUCCGGAUAACGGGGAUAUUGUGAUGCCAGAUGCCGUUCAGGUAGAAAGGGUACCAAAGGCACCAAAAUCAAAAGGCGGGAGUGUCCCUCUCCCUGAGACUGUGCCACUACGCUUGAGUGACGCCGUUGUGCCAGAUAGCAGUAAUGCAAUUUCAGAUGUGGCUAUGUCAGAGGGGAGCGGGCUGUUGCCUGUUAUCAACGCGAUGCAUGGGAAUGAAGCUAUAAUUCCGGAGAGCAGUAAUGCAAUGUCAGAUAUUGUGAUGCCAACUGUGGUGCCGGCGAGAACCGAACCUCCAGGCAAGAAUACCACCACUGGAAAUUUAAUGUUGGCCAUUGUCGUACCGGUAAGGAGCAAGCCUCCAGCGGAGCUUGUGGCAAUAGGGAACAAUGUCAUUAUUGCCGACGAUGUUGUAAUGAAGGGAGUUGGCGAAGUAGUAGAGGUGUCCCCAGAGCGUGAAGCAGAGGAUCUAGGACUUUUCUUCCUAAGGAAGUAUCGGGUGAUACUUUGCCUUGACUGUCAAACAGGACUCGAUCCCGACCAUGUUUUUGUCCAUUUGAAGCGGGAGCACGAACUUGUCAAGACAGAAAAAGCAAGAGUUGAUAAGCUUGUGGCUCGUCUUAUGCCGUUGCCCGUUCUUGAAGUUAGCCUACCACCGCCGCACCAGUCACCAGUUGAGAACCUGAAUAUAAUCGAUGCGUUCUUUUGCCUCGUGUGCUUCUAUACCGCAAAAAAUAAAGGAUCAAUGAGAACUCAUAUCAAAGCGACCGAUUGCUUCACAGAAAUACAGAAGAAAGACCAAGGGUAUGCCAAAGUCAAGGCGUGUAAGGCUCAGGCUUUCUUCCUGUCUCUUGGUAGAAAGUUGUUUCCCGUCAGCUAUACACCCAAUGAUCGUGUGGCCAUACAGCUUCCGGGCCUCACCCAAGAAAUGAUUGAGAAUGAACAGCUGUCAUUCUCGUCCUUUGUAUCACUGGUGGAGGAGAAGAGGGUUGUCGGGGAGAUUUCUUCAGAUGAGGUUGGCCCUUGGUUGGGGCGCACAGGCUGGAUCAACCAUUUUAGGCUCGUGAAUACGGAAACCAUACGAGGCUUCAUGGACUUUGCUGGUACAUUUGAGGGAUAUCUCAAGGUAUUUUCAACUGUGUUGGACACGAUGUUCAAAAAUUGCAGAGCUGUUUACGACCUCCGGGCAAGUAUUCACACCAGGCGUUGGAUGAAUAGCAAGAGUGGUACGGAAUAUGAUAAGGUUGCCUUUUCACAUGUUAGCGACCUCACAGAGGAGAGAUAUAGGACCACAACCAAGCAUUUAAUUCUCUACCUACUUCAUAUGGUGAUGUCUAGGAAUUUCAACAAGACUCCGUAUAAGGACCUGAUCAUUAUGACGCCCGAGCAAUCGGAAUGCUUCAAGCCAAUUCUUGAAAUAUUAAAACCUUCUCCUAAGCCAGAUAUGGAGAAGCUCGAGGAGCUGGCAUAUAAAUUAUGCAUUAGUCUAAUUGAACAGCGGUUUGAUGAAGGUAAUUCAUCAAAGACACCCAUCAUGCACGCAUUCGGUGUUCUUGGAAUCAGCAAAGAUGGGACUUUCAGGCCUGCUUCGUCUAUGUCUUCUGAUAUUGCUGCAAUAAUUUAUUGGUCAAAGCUCCUGCUGGUACGGAGAGCCUAUGAGCUUUCAAAAGAGGUUCCGAGUGGUGAAGGUGGGGGCUCAACUGUGUGUGAACAGUACCAACAUCUGCAUUACAAUUAUGUUGCACCAACAGGCCUUGCACCGCUUCCUGAACUGAUAAAUUUAUUGGGCUGGGCAAUGACAAUAGGAACAGGCGAGUCAGCGGUACCGAAUAUUAUGUGGAGCCAGAGGCCCGGAGUCGAGGAGUUAUCCUUCAAUGGCCUCAAAGUGUCGACAGACCGAUUUAGAAGCAUGAUACAGAAUGAGAUUGUGAAGGCGAAUACACUCCUGCUUGAAACAUUCGGUAUAGAUACCAGUACCAGCUUUUCUGAGAAGGAUAUUUGCGAUAUCUACGACGACACAUCUAACCGAAAUGCUGGUUAUUGCUUCUUGAAGGACCCGAGUAAUGAGAAUAUUUUUCCGACCGAUAAUAUUCUGAAUUUGGUAUUUAAGCACGAACCAUUGUGCAAAAGGCUUGUGAGAAUUGUUGAUCACCGCGUAGUAUACAUGAGCUCUGGGAAGGCUGUGGUAAUAUCGGAGGCACGGAAGCUGCUGCAUUUGCUUAUGGGAUUGUUCCACCUUAUAGGGGGGCAGCCAGCGAGAUCGACAGAGUUGGUAAAGUUGACCUGGCGCAAUAGCGCAUUAUCCAGCCGGAACAUUUUCAUAUUUGACGGCGGUGUCCUUUGGAUAACCGACUACUUCAAAGGAAGAACCUCUCUCGGUUGGUCCAAGUUCAUUCCCAGAUUUAUUCCACCUCAGAUAGGCUCGAUCUAUAUCAAUUUUGUCUACAAAAUUCUUCCACUCUAUAUGUUCUUCCAGGAUCCUUCCAGUGAUAGCUUAACAGUCGAUAAUCGCUACUACCUGUUCUCGGAUGAUGGGGUCAAACCAUGGCCGGGUACCAUGCUAACAGAUCUACUAAAGAAUAUUAGUACCUAUGAGUUUGGCGAGAAUAAUGCAUUCAGUACCGCCGGAUACCGCCAUAUGGCUAUCUCCAUAUCCAGACGCUACCUUGACAGUGAAUUUGGAGGAGAGGUUUCAGCCGACACAGAGGACCCUAUGGAUCUGCAGGCAGCGCACUCUUCAAAUACUGCAGAUAGAGUGUAUGGCGUUAGGGCUGAUUUGGUGUAUGGAAUAUCAGAGCGUUCAAUACAAGUCUUUCAAGGCCUUAGUCUUACUUGGCAUAAUUUUCUCUUUUCCAAGCUGACUGCGGUGAGGUGGAUGAAACGAAAGCGCGAGAGCAAUAAUAGGAGGAGGGGAGCCAUGCUUUGCCCCUGUGGUGGAAUAAUCGAUUCCACAAAUGCUCCCACAGUUGCCCCGGCAGAGGGGACAGAGGCUGAUGCUACCACACUGUCAGCUAAUGCUGAUAUUCCUGUUUACAGUAAUGGAUUUACCUACACUGUUCGGGCAACCAAAACACCUGAAGCCUUGUCACUAGCGAACACAGCCUUGACUCGCCUCUAUGGCGAAGAAGCAUUCUUCAAGAGCCAGCAGCAGCUCUUGGGAUUGCGCCUUGUUUUUGAAGGGAUUUCACCCCUGCUUGUAGUUUUACCAACGGGCGGUGGUAAAAGUAUCCUGUUUGAAGGACCUGCUAAGAAAGGUGGUAUUUCCAUUGUGAUUGUUCCACUUAUUGCCUUGCGUGCCGACUUGAAUAAACGUGCGCUGUUGCAUGGCAUAGAUAGCCAGGAAUGGGGAGGGAGAAUAAACAAUGAUACUCCACUGGUUUUUGUUACAGCUGAAGCAUCCAUGAAACCUAAUUUUAAACAGUAUAUUCGAGGACUGCUCGUGCGACAGUUGCUUCAGUGA